AUGGGCAACACUCAAUCAAGACCUCAAAAUGACACGCGCCGCUCUAACCGACUUUCAAAGCCUCUAAGCAAGAAGUAUAACACCUUUCAAACUUCCUCUCAACAUCUCCGGUCAGAGUCAGAUUCAUCGCAGGCCUCGGGACUGAUUGGAUGGCAAAAUCCUUGGGUUGGAUACAAUAUCUCCAACACACCCGUGGGAAAUCGAAUUUCUCAUACGAAGAAAGCCGAGAUCCCUCCUACUCUGUUUGAGGCAGAGCCAUGCGAGGAAAGCCCAACGGGUGAAAUUGCGGCUUCCGCAGAUGACCAGGCCCCCGAGACGUGUCAAGAUCGCCCAAGUCUUUCGACAACGGGUCCUAGGAGAGCCUCAUAUCAGCCUGGAACUCCAGACGUAUCUCCUCAGUUCUUGCCGGUGUAUGACCAGCCAAGAAGGGCCAAUUCAAUCCAGACCCCUCUUCAAAUACAGAAUAGUGUGGUUCUUGAGAAAAACGAUGCGACCUCUUCUAACACGCAUUUUCUGGUUGGCAACCAACGAUUCUCAUUGACGCGUCGACGUUCGCUUCUGACCCGACCCGGGGUUGCUACGAGACGCACAACGGGCGCGAUCCGUCGCGUUCCAUCACCGAUUGGAGAGCCAAUCGACGACCCAAGUGAGUCGGAUGUCUUGCAGUGGCCGUUGCCCUCAACUCAGAAAACGCGUGUCCCAUCCCCAACACGGCCGACCAGUCCAACGGAUGCCCGAUAUACUCAACUCGGAGCUCUCAAGCUCGGAUCUUUGAGAGUGGUCAAUGGGUCAGCAUCUCCGUGCCCCAGCGAACGCAUUUCUUUGGAUGGGCCUGGACUCGGACUAAAGAAUAUUGAAGUCGUGGGCCCUCUCAGAAGAUCUACGCUGGAGAUCCCUUCCUUGCCUGAUUUGAAGAAAUCUGAUGAUGUUCCCGGCAGUCCUUUCUCAUUUGAAAAGUCACCCACCAUCACCGUACAUCCACGAAAUAAGGCCUUGUUCCCUGGAGACCCAGAUGAUGAAGCCAUCGCUCUUUGUGAUGAUAGGAGAGUCCCAUUGGAGAAAGGAACUUUGGAGGGCCUUGCUCGAAGUACGUCCAGGUCCCUCAACAAAUCAGACAGUGGUUACAGCUCUGCCACUUCCGUUCACUCUAUUCAGCGAAGCCGGACUCGGGGAUCCGUCGAUUCACAAACUUCUGGCUCGUGUGGCGGAGAUAGCUCAAAGAAUGUUUGGAUCUCCAGUGUGCCGGCCUCCAAUCGACCAGGUGAUGUUAUGCAGCGUCACUUGAGUCUCGAGCAAACACCCGAGCUCUACCCACAGCUGCUCCCAGCCUCUCACCGAUGGUACGAUUCAAGCAACCCGACUCCUGUCGUUCACACACGUUAUCGUAGAUCAACAUUAUGUGCGCCCCGCUUCACGGAAUACUCUUCGCCAUAUGAGACAAAUCUCGAAGCAAAGCCUGCCGUGGAUUCCCAGUGUUUCUCUAUACCCCAAUCCCAACAGGACCUUACUCGCGGUCCUUUCUACGACGAUCAAUCUUCUGUGAGCACGCUUGAUGUCAUAUCCGUCACUGGCUCUUCCACCACAAUGGACACAAGCCUAACUCGCCAAAAUACGAUCUCUGGAAAUAAGGAACGACUCCACAGGUCAGCCUCCGCUUAUCACAUUAACGAUCAUAACAACGCAUUUGUUAGUCGGCGUUCUCGAUCCAGAAGUCAGGGGGGAGUCGUAUCUGGAGACUACGACCGGGCAUUGAAGCUCCCCCGCUGCCCACAAUCCUGUCCCCGGACUUCUUACCAGACGGAAUCGAUGCCGAAUUGGCUGACUCUGAGCCAAUCCGAGGCCGGCCUCGAAGUCGGAGCCACGAUUACCGCCGCUGUCGGUUAA